GGAUCCGAUUUCGAUCUCUAAAUCCAGUUUCUCCUUAGUCAUUGAGUGCUACUCCCCAUUAACAAUGGAGCUUCAGUUUCACUACUUGUUAACCUUGUUUGCUUCCUUUCUUUUCUUGUCAGUAGUAGUUAAGAUCUUGAAGAAGAUGAAAACCAUGGAGUCGAACAUCAAGCAGCUGCCACCAGGGCCAUGGAAAUUACCCUUGAUCGGAAACCUGCAUCAGCUAGUUGGCUCACUCCCUCAUCGCAUCUUGAAAGGCCUCGCCGAUCAACAUGGACCACUGAUGCACCUUCAGCUCGGAGAAACCUCCAACAUCGUCGUUUCUUCGCCGGAAAUCGCCAAGGAAGUCUUGAUAACACAUGGUACUAUCUUUUCCGAACGACCUUUCGUGAUCGCCAUAAACACGAUUACUUAUGGUUACAGGGACAUUGCCAUGGCACCCUACGGUAAUUACUGGAGACAAGUACGAAAGAUUUGUACUUUAGAGCUUUUGACAGCGAAAAGAGUCAAGUCAUUUGAAUCAAUCAGACAAGAACAAGUCUCGAAUCUGGUUAGAUACAUAUCAGCAAAUGAAGGGUCGCAGAUCAAUCUUAGUAAGAAAGUAUUUGGCUUGACGUAUGGGAUCACAUCGAGAGUAGCAUUUGGUAGUCAGUACAACGAUAAGAACUUGUACUCAUCUGUUGUUGAUGAAAUAGUAAAACUGGCUUCUGGUUUUAGUAUUGCGGACAUGUACCCUUCUUCCAAAGUGCUCCGAUUGAUGAGUGGAAUGAGCAAAAAGCUUGAGACUUUGUUUAAGAAGAGCGAUGCGAUACUUCAAGGCAUCAUCGAUGAACAUAGGGAGAGACUGGAGAGAGGUGAUCAAGGAGAAGAAGCCAAGGAAGACAUGGUUACUGUUCUUUUAAAGAUUCAGCAACUUGGUGAGCUCGAACUUCCCCUGUCUGACAAAGACAUCAAAGCAAUCAUUUGGGAUGUUUUCAUUGGGGGGAGUGAGACAUCAUCAACGAUCGUCGACUGGGCCAUGUCGGAAAUGAUGAAGAAUCCGAGGGUACUAAAAAAGGCACAAAAUGAGGUAAGAAAUGUCUGUAAUGAAAAAGGAGACGUGGAUGAAGCAAGUAUUCAAGAACUAAAAUAUUUGACAUUUGUAAUCAAAGAAACCUUGAGGUUACACCCUUCGUUCCCUCUGUUAAUUCCAAGAGAAAAUAGAGAGGAGUGUGAAAUUAAUGGAUAUCGAAUACCUGCAAAGACAAGGGUCAUCGUCAACGCAUGGGCUAUAGCAAGAGAUCCGAACUAUUGGACCGAACCGGAGCGGUUUUAUCCCGAGAGAUUCUUGAAUAGUUCGAGUGAUUACAAAGGAGCCAAUUUGGAGUUCAUUCCAUUUGGUGCCGGAAGGAGAGUUUGUCCAGGCAUAUUGUAUGCACUUCCUAACAUCGAGUUGCCUUUGGCUAAAUUGCUUUACCACUUUGACUGGAAGCUUCCUAAUGAAAUGGGACAUGAAGAUUUAGAUAUGGCUGAAGCUUUUGGUGUGUCUGCCAAAAGAAAAGAUGAUUUAAUUUUAAUUCCAAGCAUUCAUAAAACAUGUGUAUGAUGAUUAAUAAUUUUA